AUUAGGCGCCACGAGCUCUUCCCCAGGGUGAAGGGUGCUGCCAGCCAGCGCACAUCCAUGCCCUAGGAGGUGAGACUGCGAGCACAUCCACCCGCUAAGGUUCCUAGCUUUCACCUGCGGGUAGGUUUCCGCAGCGCACGUGCAGUGGAUACCCCCACCCCCUUGGGAGGCGGGGUCGUGUUCAGAGCCAAUGAGAGCUUGGGGGGUGGAGGGGUAGGGAAGCUUCCAGAGGCAGACGGGGGAGGAGGUUAUAAAGCGAGUACAGAGUAGCUGGCGGGAUAGCCAUGCAGUCCAAGCGGGAAUGUGAGCUGUGGUGUGAGAGGGUGAAUCCGGAAAACAAGGCAGCUUUGGAGGCAUGGGUCAGGGAGACGGGCAUCCGCCUGGUGCAGGUGAACGGGCAGAGGAAGUAUGGCGGGCCACCCCCAGGCUGGGUGGGCAGCCCGCCGCCGGCCGGCUCAGAGGUGUUUAUCGGGCGGCUGCCCCAAGACGUGUACGAGCACCAGCUGAUCCCACUGUUCCAGCGCGUGGGCCGGCUCUACGAGUUCCGCCUGAUGAUGACUUUCAGCGGCCUAAACCGUGGCUUCGCCUACGCCCGCUACAGUUCGCGGCGCGGCGCCCAGGCCGCCAUCGCCACGCUGCACAACCACCCGCUGCGGCCCUCCUGCCCGCUGCUCGUGUGCCGCAGUACUGAGAAGUGCGAGCUGAGUGUGGACGGGCUGCCUCCGGGGCUGAGUCGCCGCGCGUUGCUGCUCGCGCUGCAGCCCCUGGGUCCCGGCCUGCAGGAGGCGCUGCUGAUGCCCAGCCCUGGGCCAGCGCCCGCGCAAAUUGCGCUGCUGAAGUUCAACUCGCACCGCGCCGCCGCCAUGGCCAAAAAAGCCCUAGUGGAAGGGCAAUCACGCCUCUGUGGAGAGCAGGUGGCCGUGGAGUGGCUCAAGCCAGAUCUGAAGCAGCGACUCCGCCAGCAGCUGGUGGGCCCCUCCCUGCAGUGCCUACAGCCAGAGGGCAGUCGGUUGGCCCUGGCCAGGGACAAGCUAGAGUCCCAAGGGGCUCGGGGUGCCCUGCAACUGUUGUGCCAGCGGAUGAAGCUGGGCAGCCCUGUGUUCCUCACCAAGUGUUUGGGCAUGGGCCCUGCUGGCUGGCACCGCUUCUGGUACCAGGUGGUGAUCCCUGGGCAUCCAGUGCCCUUCAGUGGUCUCAUCUGGGUUGUGCUGGCCCCAGAUGUGCAGAAUGGGCAUGAGAUGGCUAAGGAUGCUGUGUCUGCAAGGUUGCUAGAGGCACUGAGUGCUUCUAGAGCCAGUCUUAUACCGACUGGUGGGGCUGAGGCAGGUACCGUGGUUAAGCAGUGA